GAAGUUUUGAACACCGCCAUUGACAGAGGUAAUAUAGAUACGUACAGCGGACAAGUCUCGAAGUUGAACAAAUGCUUUCUCAGAAGUUGGUACGUUCGGCGCACGUGCGUCUGCUUGUGCUGGUGUGCGUGGCGACCAUAGCUCUGCCCUUCGCGUCGGUGGAAGCCAGAAAAAGACCGCGUAAAACGAUGAGGACGAAUCCCGCCUACGUUGCAUGCAAGCUCGUCAACAGGACCCGCGGGCCUUUAGAUCUCAUGGCGAGAAGACAGAGGGCCAUAGUUCGCCUAUAUAAUAACGUGACACUGACGCCUGAUAACGUGGAGAGCUCAAAACUGCUCUUCAGUAGGUACAUCAUCAAGAACACAGAGCCAGUAGAACGUAUGCAGCUCCUUCUGACGGAGCUGAGGGUGUUUCAGGCCGCUAUGGAGGAGAUCCGGCGGCAGAUGAGGAGGGACGGGAGAGCCGCCCCGCGACCUGUCUACCGGAAACUCUAUCAACAGGUGGAGGCCAUGGACACGUACGGGGACAUCGCCAAGGGACUGGUUAACAGUCUACAGCGUAAGAAAAAGAAGUUGUCCCACUGCAUGGCGUUUGUUGGUGAGUUCAUCACUGUGGACACUGCCAUGAGAGAUCAAUACAAGCGAAGGGUCCAGGAGACGCGAAGGGAGAAGUCCGGCUCCGCAGACUGGCGGCGCGCGGUACUGCGGGACGGCAGGGGCCUGCUGCGGGACCUGAGGAGCACCACAGCCGUCCUGCGCCAGGCAGCCAGCACCACAACAUGCAAUGGCGGCCGGAAACCCUUCAAGUGCUGA